AUGUUUGGCAAGAAUAUAGAGAAGACGCCAAACCACAGGCCGUCGUCGUCAUGCUCUUACGAUAACGACCCUGAAGCCCCCCAGGUCCUUCGUCCAACAAUUUCCAACACAGACGCUCCUCCUCCAGUAUUCGAUCCAGAUACCUUUAACCCUCCAGACGGUGGGUUCCGAGCAUGGUCUCAAGUCUUCGCGGUUAUCCUCAUCAAUGCACUGGCAUGGGGUUACCCUGCCUCCUUCGGCGUUUACCAACUCCAUUAUGAAGAGUCUCUUGGCCUACCAUCGUCCCAGAUCUCGUGGAUUGGUUCUUGUCAGACUUUCUUGACUUUCGCUUUCUGCGCCCCGGCUGGUCGUCUUGCCGAUGCUGGAUAUACUCGAGAGACCGUAGCCCUUGGGAGCUUCUUAGCCAUCCUCGGCACGUUCAUGACAAGUCUGUGUACGCAAUACUGGCAAAUAUUUCUUGCACAAGGUGUUUGUACCGGCAUUGGCCUUGCCCUACUUUUCAUGCCUGCUGUGACCGUUCUGGGUUCUUAUUUCAAGGCAAAGAAAGCAUUCGCUCUUGCGUUGGGUGCCACGGGCACUGGCUUAGGAUCCAUAAUCUUCCCUGCUACUUUGCAAUAUCUUAUUCCACAAAUUGGGUUCCCAUGGGCUGUUAGAUGUGCUGCUUUUGUUGCCCUUUUUAUGAUCGUUAUCGCCAACCUCAUGUUGAAGCCGUAUCUGCCGCCCAGGAAGUCAGGGCCAUUGAUGGAAUGGGAGGCGUUUAGAGAACUCCCUUUUAUCCUGUUCGUUUUAGGCGCUUUCCUGAACUUUUAUGCUCUUUACUUUGGUUUCUUUUAUAUCAAUGUUUAUGCACGAAACGUGAUUGGAUUCACAUCUGUCGAAGCAGUUAGCUUGUUGCUCAUUCUCAACGCCAUGAGUAUUCCCGCCCGUCCCAUAAUGGGAUACCUUGCAGACAAUGUUUUGGGGCCAAUAAACACGUUCAUUAUUGGCCUAGCAGCGCUCAGCAUCAUGGUAUACUGCUGGAUGGGUGUCAAAACUGCUGCGGGAAUGUAUGUGUUUUGUGUCUUCUUUGGAUUCGCGAACGGCGCGUGUCAAGGAACGUUUGUUGGAGCAAAUGCCAGCUUGACCAAGGAUCCUCGAAAAAUGGGAACUCGCUUCGGUAUGGUCCAAACGAUUUCUGCUUUUGCCAGUCUGGCAGGCCCGCCAACUGCAGGCGCCAUUCUCGACACUUCCAACGGCAACUUUACCUAUGCGCAGAUUUGGGGUGGAACCGUGUUCUUACUUGCUGCCAUUGUAACGUCGGGAUCCCGAAUUGCAUCGACAGGAUGGGUCUUCUUGAAAAAGAAAUAA